AUGGACUCUAAGUUCAAUGAAUUGCAAAAGAGACUUUCGGAAUUAGGAAUACCAGAGUUUGUGUCGUUUAUUCCCAUCGAACUCCGUAACGAUGAAAUACAGAGGUAUUUGUCAUUCUUGAACGAGUGUAGUAUUGCCGAAAUAUCGAAGAACAAAAAUGUACUUCCGUUUAUUGCUGACUACGUAGGAAUGCCAAUAAAGGCAGACACCGAGGCCAUUUCGAGGAUGCUUUCGAAAUACAAGCCUGUGUGUGGAGACUUUUUCGAAAAAGAAUCCGCUAGGAUGAGUAGGAUGGCCAAGACCGAGUUUGUAACACCAUCGGCGACAAAAGAUUGUGGCAAGGAAAUAUCAGGCAGAGACAUUGAAGAGGCAGAACGCAGUAAAAAUAAAAAAGAAUGCAACGUGGACGAGUACAUCAUUGAAAGAAUAAGCAAGGAAAUAUUGGAGACUAGCGUCAAUGUCAACUGGAAUGAUAUUGUCGGGCUUGAGGACGUGAAGAAAAUUGUAAACGAGAUAGUAGUGUGGCCUAUGCUAAGGCCCGACAUCUUCACAGGCCUUAGAGGACCGCCGAAGGGUUUGCUACUUUUUGGGCCGCCUGGGACUGGAAAAACCAUGAUUGGCAAGUGUAUUGCAAGCCAGUGCAGGGCAACAUUUUUUUCUAUCAGCGCAAGUUCAUUAACCUCUAAGUGGGUGGGCGAAGGGGAGAAAAUGGUACGCGCGCUGUUCUACCUUGCCAGGAAGAUGUCGCCUUCUGUUAUUUUUAUUGACGAGGUAGACUCACUUUUAUCACAAAGAUCAGAUAAUGAAAAUGAAGGCAGUCGAAGAAUUAAAACCGAGUUUUUGGUGCAGUUUGAUGGCGCAUCGGUGGAUGAGAAUGAUCGGAUACUUGUUGUUGGAGCAACCAAUCGGCCACACGAAAUAGACGAGGCAGCCAGGCGAAGAUUGGUCAAAAGAAUAUAUGUUCCGUUGCCAGAGUCUGAAAGCAGAAAGAGAAUGGUGCAUCAACUGAUAGGUGCAUACUCUCAUUGUAUUGAUGAUGCAGGUCUUGAGGAAAUAGCAAGAUGCACAGAGGGAUACUCGGGGUCUGACAUGUUUAAUCUCUGCCGCGAAGCAUCGAUGGAGCCCUUGAGGGAGAUUAGCGAUAUUAACAAGUUUAAUCCUACAGAUGCAAGACCAAUCAGUGUUGGAGAUUUCAAAAACGCAAUGAGACAGAUCCGAAAAAGCGUUUCUGAGAAAGACUUGGAGGGAUACUGUGCAUGGAAUGAGCACUUUGGAUCGACGAGCGUUAGAAAAUAG